CCUGCCUACUGUUAAGAAUCUUUUACUUCACCGCCCAAGCAUGGCUAGUAUAAAGAUACCUAUUGAGAGGUAUCAUGUAUAGGUCUAUUGCUUGACGUCAUGGCCGCUGCUCUUCCCCACACCAAGGGAUCUUGCUUCCAGCCUCCUACCUUAACCGUUGGUAAAACCGACUUUAUUAUUGAGCUGCCUCGAUUGAUUGGUCCGCAACAUGACUCGUUCCCCAUGUCGGGAUCUUCAACACUGCAGCUCGUCGGCGUGUCCUUGUCUUUAGAUCAUGACGACGUCACUGCGUAGCCUGCCAAGUACCUACUGUAUGAUGGCAACCCCAUGUGACCUUGGGUCAGCAGUGUUCAAAUAACGAAUCUCCCCCAUUCAACGGACGACAAUUUUGUUGAGAUCUCACAACCUACAGAAUCAUUGUUACACGGCGAUAUUUCCACACUCAAAAUGACCACUCUCCACUAUCUCCCUCCCGUGAAACCCUCGGCGAUUGCGAUGGGUACUAUCUUCACCCAUACAGCUUCACUGGGUAUUCUCGCACCUGUCUUUGGUGAUACUUAUCAUCGUGCGCAGGCCGCCAAUUCCAAGGAGGAAUUCAUCAAGUCCAAGGAGGCUGCUGGAGCAGCGGCGGCUUGGGGUAGCUCUCUGGUUGGAAGCGCCGUUCAGACUUAUGGUGUUGCCGCCCUGAUCAAUGCUACUGGAACGCUGAGCUAUAAGGGAGCUGCUUAUUUGGGAAGCUUGAUUUUCAUGGCCAGUUCCGCGCCAAGUUUCAUCAGCCAAAUCUUCACUGAAAAGCGACCCCUCGAUACUGUUGCUGUUGGUGCUGUCAGCAGGGUGUUUGAGACAGUUGGGCUUAGUCUGUUCCUUACCUGGUGGGGUACUCGCACAAAUCCUUUUGAUUAG